GUCAAAUUAUUAUUAUUUCGAAUUUGCAAUCAAAACUUACUACUUAGUCUUGUUUUUAAUACGACUAUAGGUAUUUUGUAUAUAAUAAUCUUAGUACAAUACUAUAUAUAUGGUACUAAUUGAUCAAUUGACGUUGUUUAUUGAAUUUGCUGCAAUUGCGAUAACUGAUAUAUUAUAAUAAUCAAACGAGUAGGUGAUUUUGUCGAAAAAUUGCAUCGUCUGACUUUCCGCAACAACUGAUUCAAUAUUACAAUGUCGGCCGACAUAAACGAAAUUAAUAAAAAGUUCACUGAUUUUUACUUACCCAGUAAGUUUGAAGAAGAUUUAAACGACGAUGUGAAAACCGCCAGUUCAAAAAGAAAAUGCAUGUAUCAAACUUACCUUUUUGCAAACUCUUUAGGAGAAUCCAACUGGAUAUGGAGUCACAUGAAAUCUGAGUUGAAAUCUUAUUCAAAUCUGGUUGAUAACAAUAAGGGCAUCAACAACUUCAUGACGUCUAUAGAAAAGUUAACAGCUGGUUCAAACAAAGCCAAGUCCUGGAAGUUGAAAUCUGAUAUUGACAUAAAUUACGCUGUUGAUGUAUUCAAAAAAUCAAUCAAGUGUCCAGACCCUAAGACUUGUAAGACUGAAGAAGAUAAUGAUGUUUAUUUAGAUUGUUCUAAAUCUGAUGAAGUUAUCAAAGUUUCCAACAAUAUUCAAAAUAAAAAUGUGAUGCAUCAAAAUAGUAUUAAAGAAAUACCAAAACCAAUAGUCAAUCCCACUUGUCAAACUUCAAGUAACGAUUUUCAAAAACACAAUUCGUUCAAUGGUAGCGACAGUCGAAAAACUGCUAUGAAAACUCCAUUGUUUACUGUACAGCCUUUAAAUAAUAGAAAAAGAAGCAAAUUUGAGGACAAUUCCCCAUCAAAUUCUCCACCUAGUCAUAAAACUAAACAUGAACCAGAACCUCGAGUCAACCAACCACAAUUCAGUUUUCACACGGCAAAAACAGAACUGCAUAUUCAAGUUAAAAAACAAAACAAUCAUACUUCUGGUACUUCAGAAACAUUGAUAAAAAAAUCUCUCGGCGUAAAUAAAUCUCGCAGCGUUGUUAGUAAAUUUGUUAACCCAUCAGCUGAUAAUCAAAACAAUCAGACUAAAGAUGAAAAAUAUAACGAACCGAGUGCGAAUGAAAACUUUGAAGACAACCCCUAUUUAAAAAAUAUUGAUCCUAAAAUGGUUGAAAUGAUUAAAAAUGAAAUAAUUGAAUGCAAAACUCCAAUUACGUGGGACGAUAUAUCUGGCUUACAGUUUGCUAAAAACACGAUACAAGAAUCCGUCAUUUGGCCACUGUUGAGACCGGACAUAUUCAAAGGUAUCCGACGACCUCCCAAGGGAAUUUUGCUUUUCGGACCGCCCGGAACUGGAAAAACCCUAAUUGGUAAAUGCAUUGCGUCACAAUCGAAUUCAACAUUUUUCAGUAUUAGUGCGUCGACCAUAACUUCCAAGUGGAUUGGAGAAGGUGAAAAAUCUGUCCGAGCUUUAUUCGCUGUUGCCAGAUGCCAUCAACCGGCGGUAAUUUUCAUUGAUGAAAUUGAUUCGUUAUUAUGCCAACGUAGUGAACAAGAACAUGAAAGUUCUAGAAAAAUUAAAACUGAGUUCCUUAUUCAAUUGGAUGGGGCGAGCACUAGUGACGACGACAAAAUACUAAUAAUCGGUGCUACGAACAGACCUCAAGAACUCGACGAAGCAGCGAGAAGGAGACUAGUAAAAAGACUGUAUAUUAGGUUACCCGAUCUUCAAGCCAGAAAAGACAUGAUAAAAAAAUUAAUAAGAUCGGAGAAUCACGUCUUAACAGAAGACGAUUUAGAGAAAAUCGCUUCUAUGAGUGAUGGUUAUUCCGGAGCCGAUAUGAAAAGUUUAUGCCAAGAAGCAUCCCUCGGACCCAUUCGGUCGAUUAGCUUUGAGAUGAUAAGCAAUAUACAAGCCGAUCAAGUUCGUCCAAUUGACAUAAGAGACUUUUUGUCUGCAUUGAAAUCUGUUUUGCCUAGUGUAUCCUCUGAAGAUUUAAAUCACUAUGUGACAUGGAAUGAGAAAUUUGGAUGUAGUGAUAAAAGUAGUUAAAUUUAUGCAUUUCGAUUUUAUAUUGUACAAAAAUAAAUUGUAUUAUGUAAUUAUUUGCAAUUAUGUUAGGUUGAGCUAUUUUUAUCAUUACAUUUGAUUUUUUUAACCAGUUUUUAAAAAAUUUGUAAUGCCUUUUUAAUAUGCUAUAACUAA